AACAUCGUCGUAGUGAAAAAAGUAGAUACCCCUAACAGGUUCGGGGACGUUGAUUAUCUCGGUUUUGAACAUGUCACUAUGUCUCCGAUGCAUCGUAAACUCAUUGACAAAUCAUUACUCACUCCAGAGGAACUGAAAUGGGUGAAUAGUUAUCACGCAGAGGAUGGCCAUCAUUCUUUUGGCAAGGAAUUUUUCGAGAUGUCGGCAGCGCCAUACUUUUUCCCAAUAUACGGUCAG